CCGCUCUGGAGCGGCGGGUGCCGAGUCUCGAUGACUUCGCGGGACAGAGCUGGAGCUCGUGGGUGGAGCGGGCCGACCUGCCCGCGACUGACGAAACUGAGGUACAAGGGCAACCCCUGCCCAAAGCCCCUCUAAGAAGGGGAGGGACUUGCAUAGCUGACCAAGGAGACUUUGAAGAUGCUCAAGGACCAAAGACAGCAGUUUUUCUGCUCUGUGACCAUCCUAUCAGUGCAGGACCUGAGAAGCUGGGUGUAACUUUGACAAUGCUAUGGGGCUGAGCUGGAGGAGAGUAGCAAAAACAUGAAGAAGUUGGAUGCCAUGACCCUCAUUAAAGAAGACAUGUCCAUCUUCGGGCACUGCCCUGCCCAUGAUGACUUCUAUUUGGUUGUGUGUAACCACUGCAGCCAAGUGGUGAAGCCUCAAGCUUUCCAGAAGCACUGCGAAAGAAGACAUGGGCCCCUCAGCAAGCUUUAUGCCCGGGCCCCACCCCCACCUCCAGCCCCUGCCAGCUCUCAGAAAUGCCAUGUAGUGAAUGGGCAGGGCCCAGCUUGUAGGGCACCAGGUUCCACGAAAACCUCCUCCAGGGAGAAGGGCCAGGGGUCCCGGAGCCGCAGCCACCAGCCUCCUGAGAAGACCCAGAAGGACAACCUCUGCCUUUUCGUGCCUGUGGUGAAUCUGGAGAAGAUGUCCAGUCUCCCGAAGCCUGAUGGACAUGGAAUCAGGGUGGCCCCACCCUCUGCUUUUCUCAGUCAGCCAGGGGGUCUCACCAAGGACUCCCCUGGAAAACCUCCCAUGGCUCCCCCUUCUAAAGAACCUCCUGGCAGAGAGAACAUGGAGAUCAUCCCCAGUGAGGGGUCCAGUCACUGGGCUGAAGGCACCCCUCCUGAAAAGGAGCCCAGUGGGACCAGGCUGCCCCCUAAAACCCACCGGAAGAUGGCUCGGAAGGAGUGCGACCUCAACAGGCAGUGUGGGGUGAUAAAUCCAGAGACCAAAAAGAUCUGUACCCGCCUGUUGACCUGCAAGAUCCACUCAGUACACCAGCGCCGGGAAGUCCAGGGCCGGGCCAAGGACUUUGACGUGCUGGUGGCAGAGCUGAAGGCCAACUCCCGCAAAGGAGAGUCUCCCAAGGAGAAGAGCCCAGGGCGCAAGGAGCAAGUUCUCGAGCGCCCCUCCCAGGAGCUCCCCUCUUCAGUCCAGGUUGUGGCAGCGGUGGCUGCUCCCAGCAGCACCUUCUCUGUUCGUGCCAAGCAGACUUACCCAUACUGUGCACUGCCCAGGUCCCAGGCCUCCUCCGAGAGUGAAUUGGAUGAUGAAGGCCCCUGUGGUGGUGAUGGGGACCCAGGCCUGUUCCCCUUCCCCAUGCCCCGGGGUGGGGCCCAGGCAUCCAGCGAGGAGAGUGAGGAGGAGGGGACAUCUGACGACCUCCACCUACCCCCUGACUGCCAUUAUGCAACCCGGCCCCCACGGCCACAGGCAUUCUGCACCUUUGGGAGCCGACUGGUGAGCCCAGGGUGCUAUGUGUUUAGCCGCCGGCUGGACCGGUUCUGCUCAGCACUCAGCUCCAUGCUGGAACGGCACCUCAGCUCACACAUGUGGAAGAAGAUCCCACCAGCAGCUGAACCUCCAGCUCACCUUGUCAACUCCCCGUUAUCUGCUCCCCUGAGCCCAUCCUCUACAGGCACCUGCCCCCGCCUUCCAGGUCCACCCCCGAGACCUGCCUGCCCAGCCUCCACGCCCCCCACCAAGGACAGCCUUGUCCCCAGCUACCCUGCAGGCUCCCCCAGUGUGGCGGCUGCCUGUAGCCAGGCAGAGUGCAUGGGCGGGAGCCAGGCUAUCACCUCACCACUGCCUGCCAACACGCCAUCCCCGUCCUUCAGCAAGCUGCCGCCUUCCAAGGCCAGCAAGUCAUCCAAAGGCAAGGAUGGGGUGGAGGUGGAGGCCCCUUCUCGAAAGCGGAAGUUAUCCCCUGGCCCCACCACUCUUAAACGGACCUGCAUUCUGGAGCCCACUGGAAAAGGCAAACCCUCUGGCUGUCGGGGCCUCUCGGCCAAAACUAAAACAGCCCUGAGCAUGGGGCUUAACGGGACAAUGGGGCCAAGAGUGAAGCGGGCAGGGCCCCUGGACUGUCGUGGUUCCCCUCAUCAGCUCCCUACACCAGUCAAGGCUUCUCAGCUGGAGAACCGGGGAGCAGCUGGACACCCAGCCAAGGCCCUGCCAACCAACUGCCUCUCUGAGGAGGAGGUGGCCAAGAAGCGGAAAAACCUGGCCACAUACUGCCGGCCAGUGAAGGCCAAGCACUGUCAGGCUGGUGCCCCUGCUGAUGUGGCCUGCUCUGUGCGCCGCAAGAAGCCAGGCCCGGCCCUGGCCUUUGAGGAGAAGUGCUCUACACUGAAGGUACUGGAGCUACCUCUGUUCCCUGAAGGAAAGGGAGUUUGAGUCCCUGGGUCACAGCAUAACAUGCCGAGCAGCAAGUCAAAAACCCAUUAACGAGAAAGUGCCUGCCCACUGCAACGGAGCCGCCAGCACCUCCUCCCCUCCAGAUCCGGGCCCCAGGCUGCUGCCGCUUUUUAUAACUUUAUAUUAUUUUUUUUAAGAAAAAAAGCUCUUUAAAAUA